UGGAUCAUUGUUUAGUUUAUCAUGUCUUUUGUAGCUGCGUGAGGAUAUUAAAAAAGGUGUGUUUGUCGAAAAUCUAACUGAAUUUGAAGUCCAUACUAUGACUGAUAUUCUUAAGCUUCUUAGCCAGGUAACUAACUUUUGAUCCUUAUCUCUUUCUAUAUGAAAUUUUUUUUGUCCAUGAAAUGCAAACCCUUUCCUCUCUCCCCCUUCCUUCUUGCUCUUUCUCUUAUUCUUUAGAUCAGUACAUUUCUAUUUCUUAAUAGGGUGCUGCAAAUAGGAGAGUUGCAGCCACAAACAUGAAUCAAGAGAGCAGUCACAUAUUGUCUUUACGUGUGUGAUUGAGAGGUGGGAAAAAGAUUCCACAAAUAGCCUACGAUUUGCAAGACUAAACCUUGUAGACCUUUCUGGUUCAGAAAGGCAGAAAGCUUCUGGUGCUAAAAGUGAAUGCCUAAAGGAAGCUGCAAAUAUCAACAAAUCAUUAUCUACACUUGGUAAUGUAACAAUGGCUCUAGUGGAUGUGGCACAUGGAAAGCAAUGGCAUGUUCCUUAUAGAGAUUCAAGAUUGACCUUUCUUCUUCAAGACUCGCUUGGUGGAAACUCCAAGACUAUGAUCAUUGCUAAUGUCAGCCCUUCUAUGUGUUGUUCGACUGAAACACUAAGCACUUUAAAGUUUGCUCAGCGGGCAAAACUUAUUCGAAACAAUGCUAUUGUGAAUGAAGAUUGUUCAGGAGAUGCACUUGAAUUGCAGCACCAGAUACGGCUUUUGAAGGUUGUAGCAUCUUGGUAGCAUCAACAAAAAAGUUCUACCAUGACAUUUUAAUUUAAAUUGGAGUUUAAUUAAACAGUUAUGGAACAGGAGGAGCUUUCCAUUCUGAAGCAUCAGAAUGUCUCUAGGUCUUUUGCUGCCCCUUUCAAAUCUAGGGGUUGUAGUUUUUCUUUUAAUGGUUUGGCCUUGGCGGGACAAAUAAACUAUAAGAAGGAUUAGGAGCUUGUUGGGUUUUGUGUCUUGAUUCUUGAUUCUGCAGUGGUCCAUAAAAUUAUUAAUUGGGUUGAUUUAGGGUUC